AUGACGAAGAAGAAGAAGAAGAGUUCUUCUCGACCACUAUCGCCAUCUGCCCUUGCUAUGAAAAAGAAGAAGAAGAGAACUUGUGUCAAAUCUUCACAACAACAACAAGAAUCACUUGAACGUGAAUUUUACUUACCAGAUGAAUGUUGGGAGCAUAUCUUCACAUUCCUCAUCAACCCCGUCCACCCGAUUGAAGUCUUCACAUUCCUCAACGACCCGAUCCUCAUCGACAAUGACGGCAUAAAUAAAAGUUACUUUAAUUCACUAUCUCUAGUCUCAAAACAAUUCCUCUCCAUCACCAACCGUAUCAUAUUCUCUACCAGAAUUUAUCAUCGACAACUUCCUUUUCUCCCUAGUUUCUUUCGUAGAUUCUCCAACCUUAAUUCACUUGAUCUCUGGUGCGGUGGCUCCCAUCAUCUCGAUGCCAGCAUUGCCUUGACUCUCCGUGACAGACCAACAUUGAAAUCUUUAUCUAUUGCCGGGAUUGACUUAAAGGACGCAAACUGCGUUACUUCAUAUUACAUUGAUUCCUUCGUGAGUUUGAAGGGCUUGAAUUCUCUUAAGUUCUGGUAUUCGCGAAUAUCGGAUGAUUUGCUUUAUUCUAUUGCCAGAGAAGGUCUUCCUUUGAAGAAGUUUGUUCUUGAAAGUUGUACCGGUUAUAGUUACAGUGGAAUCUAUGGUUUAUUAUCCAAAUGUCAUGGGAUACAACAUUUGGGUCUCCAAGGUGUUGAUUUUUUAAAUAAUCAUCAUGUUUCUCAGUUGUCUUUGUUUCUUCCUGAUUUGGUAUCUAUAAACCUUAAUGAAUGUUCCAAACUCACAGAAUUAGCUUUGUUUGCAUUCAUUAAGAAUUGUCAUUCACUUGGUGAGAUAUCAAUGGAACGCAUACAUACUAAGAUAAAGAAUGUAGAAAAUGCAUAUACUUUGAAAGAUUUUGAUGUCAAUCCUCAAUUGAAGUUUCUACGUUUUUCUGACAAUUCAUUUAUAAACAACGAAAUCAUGGUAUUGUUUGCUUCUAUUUUUCCCAAUUUGCAAAGACUUGAUUUGAGUUACUGCUAUGACAUAUCUGGAAAAAGUAUUUGUCAAGUUCUAAGUAAAUGUUGUAAGGUUAGACAUCUGCACUUGGCCGGUUGUAAAAAAAUGAGACGAAUUAAAAUGAACUUUGUAGCUCCCCAACUAGAGUUGUUGAACUUGUCUGGUACAAGUGUUGAUGACAAAACACUCUAUGAUAUUUCAAAGAGUUGUUGUGGGCUUUUGCAACUAUUAAUAAUAUGUUGUAAACAUGUCACAGAAAACGGAGUGAUGCGUGUGGUUGAAAAAUGCAAACAAUUGAAAGAGAUCUGUUUGGGAUGUUGUGAUAAAGUGAAUGCUGAUGCUCUUAUUUCAAUGCUUUCAUCAAAUCCUUCAUCAGAAAAAGUUAAAUGCUCCAGUGAAAUUCGGCUGAAGUUUUGA